AUGUCACAUCCGGCUAUUGUGGUUACGGGUGCUUCUCGUGGUAUAGGCCGUGCAGUAGCCGAAGCCUGUCUCAAGACUUUCAAUGCAAACGUGCUUGCAAUUGCGCGAACUGAGAAUGCUUUGAACUCUCUCAAGACAUACGCCGAAAAGGAAUUAAACGCGCAGGGGAGGGUAGAAACAGUUGUUGGAGAUGUUACAGAGGAAAGAGUCAUUGAUGAAGCAGUGGAAAAGUGUUUGAAACAUUGGGGAAGGAUCGAUGGACUUGUUAUUAACGCUGGUAUUCUCGAACCGAUGGAAACACUUGCAAACAUAGAUCUUGACGAAUGGCGUCGCAACAUUGAAGUAAAUCUAUUGUCUGCAGUAACUUUACUCAAAAAGACUAUCCCCCAUCUGCGAUCCGCGAACGGACGCGUGAUAGCGAUAUCUUCCGGUGCUUCCGUGAAGGCUAUACAUAGCUGGAGUGCUUAUUGCGUGUCCAAAUCUGCUAUUAAUAUGUUAAUACGGUGCUUAGCACUCGAAGAACCAGAUAUUGUGGCCGUCGCCAUUCGUCCAGGUGUUGUUGAUACUGCCAUGCAAACUGUUGUUAGAACAAAAGGAUCCAAUGUGAUGGCUGAGCAGGAUCAUAGCCGGUUCGUCGGUCUCCAUGCAUCCAAUCAACUCCUAUCGCCCGAGGACCCUGCACAUGUUAUCGCUGGAUUGGUUGUCGGUGGCGCUAAAAAGGAGCAUAGUGGAGGAUAUUAUAAUUGGAAUGUUGAGGAGUUUGCGGAAUUGAUGAGGAAGAAUGAGCAUUCCCGCUACGCAACACGAGUCAUUACCUAG